CCCUAUGGGUGAGCUCAAGGAUGGAAAAUGGCUGAGCGUCUUAAAUCUUCCCAGUGCUCUCUUCUUUCCUCAAAGUCUCUUAUUCAGGGCCCCAUCUUGGCCCUCUCCCUCCUGUAAGGCAGGACUGAGAGGGUACAAGGGGUCUUUGCCAGCGGUGUUGGGGUGAGUCCUGAGACAGCAUCACUGCGAAUCUGAUACAACAAUGACUGCCCGCCCUUGGAGGGCCACAGUUGCCCAGUUGGGAAAAGCUAAGCAGGUUUGACCAGCUGACCUGGACUUGGUCCCCCAGCCCGGCCCUGGCCUCCAUCACAGCCGCCCCACCAUCCUGGCUGAGCAGGAAGAUGCUCCCCUUCAAGGUGAGCAAAUGGAUGGGCCUCGCUUGCUUCCGGCCGCUGGCGGUCUCCUCGCCCAGUGUCCGUCAGAAGAAGCUGAUCCACAAGCUGCAGGAGGAAAAGGCUUUCCGGGAAGAGAUGCAACGUUUCCGGGAGAAAAUAGAAGACUUCAGGGAACAGAUGUGGAGCUUCCGAGGCAAGAUCCGGGCUUUCCAGGGCCACAUCUUGGAAUUUUGGGAAGAGGAGAGACCUUUCUGGGAAGAAGAGAAAACCUUCUGGAAAGAAGAAAAAACUUUCUGGGACAUGGAAAAAUCUUUCCGGGAGGAGGAGAAAACCUUCUGGAAAAAGUACCGCACCUUCUGGAAGGAGGAUAAGGCUUUCUGGAAAGAGGACAAUGCCUUGUGGGAAAGAGACCGGAACCUUCUGGCGGAGGACAAGGCGCUGUGGGAAGAAGAAAAGGCGCUGUGGGUGGAGGAGAGGGCGCUGCUCGAGGAGGAGAAGGCCCUGUGGCAGGAUAAGAAGGCCCUGUGGGAGGAGGAGAACGCGCUGUGGGAGGAGGAGAAGGCCUUCUGGGUGGAAGAUGGCGGCCACGCGGCCGCGGCGCAGGUGCGGGAAUGGGGCCUGCACAACGCCAAUGGCGGGCAGCGGUCGCCAGCCGUCUUGAGAGGGAGGGCGUAGCCGGGGCAGGACCUGCGGGGCCGUGGUGGCCAGACCCCGCCGGCUGGGAUUAGAGUCCAGGGCGAUCCCACAUGCCAGAGAAAAGUAUGCACUUGUCUCCUAAUAAAGUCCCGAGGAGAA